ACAGAGUGGGAGUGAAUUACGAUGCGGAAAUGGUCAGCUCGGCUCGCGACGCGGACGCAUCCGACCGUUUUUUCCGCCGUGGCCACCGCCGCGCGCGCGGAGCGCUCCACGCGUCCGUCAGGAGCCAGGCGUCCUUGCUUCUCCCCGCCGUCGUCCUCGUCCACCCGCGCGCUGGAGGGGGAGAAUCCACCCGGGCUCCGAUUGGUUCCUCCUUUUUCCGUUGGUAAGGAUCCCCUUGCUUGCGAGGAUGCAUCGUUCGAUCGUCUACUUGUGCAGAAUCAUUUUCCCUGCCGCCGCCGCCACUCAAAUCCAAAUCUUUUUUCCCCUUUAGUUUCUACUAGUACGAGCACUCCGAUCCGUGCAGCUCGUCGCGGAUUCAUUUGCCGCGCGGCGGAUUACAGGCUGCAGCUGAUUUUCCCAGCUUCUUCUCCGAGUGUCAGGUCCUCCCCUGUUCGGCUGUUCUGGAUGUGGAAUGAAGCGAUGGCAUCUGAUGGAGGGUCCUCUAGCUUCCGGGAGCUGUACGGAAACAUCCACACCCCCGCGGUGCUCACUGGCGCCGCGUUUGCGCUUGUCGCUCUCCUACUCUCUCUCUGGCUCAUCCUGCAGCACCUCAGAUCGUACAGCGACCCAGCCGAGCAGAAGUGGAUCAUAGCUGUGUUGUUCAUGGUGCCUGUAUAUGCCUCUGAAUCUAUAAUCUCACUGUGGAAUUCGAAGUUCUCUCUGGCUUGUGAUAUAUUGCGGAAUUGUUAUGAAGCCUUUGCUCUGUAUGCCUUUGGACGAUACUUGGUUGCUUGCCUGGGUGGGGAACGGCAAGUGUUCCGGUUGCUUGAGAACAGAAAAAGGGAAGAGCUAACUGAGCAGUUGCUCGACGGUCAGGACAAGGCACAAGCUCAAAACCAAAGCAGAGUGCGCAAUUUCUUUUGUGACCCUAAUGCUCUGGGAGAGAACUUGUAUACAAUUAUAAAAUUCGGUCUCGUGCAAUAUAUGAUUCUGAAGACACUAUGUGCUUUCUUGGCAUUGAUUUUGGAGCCUUUUGGAGCCUAUGGAGAUGGUGAAUUCAAGUGGAACUACGGAUAUCCUUACAUUGCUGUUAUCAUAAAUUUCAGCCAGACAUGGGCAUUGUACUGUCUUGUCAAAUUUUAUAAUGCAACACAUGAAAAAUUACAUGCAAUAAGGCCACUAGCCAAGUUCAUAAGCUUUAAGGCCAUUGUAUUUGCCACUUGGUGGCAAGGAGUCGGCAUAGCAAUCAUAUGCCAAACUGGGCUCUUGCCCAAAGAGGGCAAAGUGCAGAAUGCAAUACAGGAUUUCCUCAUUUGCAUUGAGAUGGCUAUCGCAGCUAUAGCGCAUGCUUAUGUCUUCACUGUGGAUCCGGACCUACACAUACCUACACUCAAUCAUGGGAAGGUCAAAUGUGAGGAGAGUAAAAUGGAGGUGAAGGUAGAUGUUAACGAUGACAGGAACAGUACACCAACUACUGUUAAGCAGAAAGAUACCCAUGUCGAAGCCCCGGGUACAAGCAUCAAAGAGAGCGUGCAGGAUGUUGUUCUUGUUGGUGGUCACCAUGUUGUCAAGGAUGUUGCCCUCACUAUCUCACAGGCAAUUGGACCUGUGGAGAAAGGUGUCGAGAAAGGUGUUGGGAAGAUUCAGGAGAAGUUCCACCACAUCUCACUGAAGCCAGGGGACAAGAAAGAACCUGAAGUUGAUGUUGAGGAGCACAUCACUGAGAAUGUGGUGGACGGCAAACCAGUCACGGUCGACGCAGAUGUUGAAGUUGAACAAAAGGUGCAAGAUGACAAUGAGGAUGGCAAAACUGCUGUGAUUGAAACCGAGGUGGAAAUCCAACAAACUGAGAGAUAAUAAUGAAGUGUAGCCAUCCUUGUUAUGUACUGCUCACUCAAAAACAUCAGAAGCAUACCUUAACCCUUGAUAGGAACUGGAAAGAACAUGUACAUAGUUUAUGUACUCUUCCCCGUCUGUUUUGGGAUUUGAUCAUCGUCUGUCUUUUAAUACAGUGAUUAGAAUUACAUCGAA